AUGACAGAGUCAUUUGGCGUAAGACAGGAUAAUGAGAGAAGGCCGUCAACACCGCCUGGAACGGUGUACUUUGGAGAAGGACGUAUUGAUCUCGAUGGAGCCGAAGAUGGUGACGGUCAUAUCAUUCUCCAGCCGCGACCAUCCAACGACCCUAAUGAGCCGUUGAACUGGCCGACGUAUCAAAAGGCGAUCAACCUUUCAAUUGCAUGCCUGUUUACCUUGAUGGUUUUCGCAACCCUUGAUGUUGGGACCGUUAUCUGGCCCUCUCUGACAGCUGAGCUCGGAUACAGAUCGAAGUAUCUUAAUGACAGCUACGCAGCUGGAUUGGCAGGUCUUGCCAUCGGUUGUAUCUUCUUCAUUCCUGCAGCUGUUCUAUUCGGAAGGAAGCCCGUGUAUAUCUUUGCUUCUUUGGCAAUGGUAUUGGUCAAUAUUGGCCAAGCUUUAUUCCAGACACGAGUCCAAUAUAUCGUCCUACAGGUUUUGGCAGGGCUCGCUGGCUCUGUCAAUGAUACCAUCGUUCAGAUGACUAUUGUGGAUCUCUUCUUCGUCCACCAGCGAGCAACCAUGAAUGGUAUUUAUUCCACAACGGUGGUCAUCGGCACAUACCUCAGCCUGAUUCCAGCGGGAUAUAUAAUCAAAAGUCAAGGGUGGCGUUGGGUAUGGUGGUGGUGUGCUAUUCUUAACGCAUUAGUUCUGCUGUUGAUAAUCUUCGCUUACGAGGAGACUAAAUAUGGGAAGCCCACAGGGAACUGCUAUGUUGGCGAAGACCCCCGGGCGAUGGUACCACCACAGGAAAAGCAUCCUGAAACACCUGCCACCCACGAGAGCAAAGACGCAAUGCCACCCAGCAAUGGCAUAGUCCCAUCCAUGAUUGAGGAAGAACUGACCCCCAAACGGAAGACAUAUUACGAGCGAAUGACCACUUUUGGACCCACCGCCAACGUCACCUUGGAGGUAUAUUGGCAACAUAUGUGGCGCCCAUUCCUCCUGCUGUUUCGCAUUCCUGCAGUGCCUUUCGCUGGGAUGCAGUAUUCCUUGAUGAUGUGCUGGGUGGCCAUCCUGGCCAUGACACAGCCUAUUCUGUUCGCAGCUCCUCCCUACAACUUCUCAUCAGUAGGUGUGGGGAACAUCAACAUCGCACCAUUUUUGGGUGCCGUCAUAGGGUCUAUUUAUGGCGGUCCGCUUAACGACUACUACGUCGUGUACAUGGCUCGGCGACGAGCUGGAAUCUAUGACCCGGAGCUAAGAUUGCAUAUGCUUCUCGCCCCGCUGAUCAUUUGUCCGCUGGGUCUCUUCCUUUAUGGAACUAGCAUUGCCAAUGAGCAACCAUUCAUAAUCCCGUUGGUUGGAUCCACGUUUGUCGGCUUUGGGAUCGGAUCCGUAACUUCGAUUAUCCUGCCGUACUUUGGAGAUUCCUAUCGUGAGCUUGUCGCCGAAGGCCUUGUGGUCAUCACAAUCAUCCGUAAUGUGGUCUCAACAGCCAUAUCAUUUGUUGUGAAUCCCUGGAUGAGCGGGCUCGGUGUUCAGAAUAUGUUCAUUAGUGCGGGAUGCUUGUGUUUUGGCACCAUGAUAUUCGUGAUUCCUAUGAUUAUCUGGGGCCGCAAGGCACGCAGCAAGACCACUGACUUCUAUUUGAGUGUUGUGGCACGAGGUUGA